CUCUUGUUUUAAUGAAAACAGAUACAAGGACGCUUCCUUAUCUUAUGCGUAUCUGUUUUUUUUUUAUAGUGUGUUUCUUUUAUCUCAUUUUAACUCAUUCUGUGUGUGUGUGUGUGUGUGUGUGUGAGAGAGAGAGAGAGAGAGAAAGAGAGAGAGAGAGAGAGGGAAAAUGACCAAAACUAUUUGAAUGGUUUCACUUUUCUCAUGUAUGCAUGUCGACGGAUACCUAAUCUUCUGUCCACACACCUUCGAAAGACGACAAAAAUAAAUAGAAAACCUUCUGCUGUACAAUGUACGAGUGUAUGUCUGUACAUGUAAAACAAAUUCUUUGAAAAAAAAGAAAAAAAAAUGACCACAUAGAAGGAUUUCGCUUUUUUCACGUUAUUCUUUCUUUGCGGCACGCGUAAGUGUCACGCGAGAAAAGAAAGAAGUACUCGAUUUUCUCUAUUGUUGUUUUCGUUGUGAUGCUUAAUAACAAAAAUAAGAAUAAUUUUUUCUUCUUCUCCAUUAUACAUUUGAAAUUAUUAUUCUCAUAGCCUAUUCUUGAUAAUAAAACUUCUUUCUAUACACGAUACUCUAUACUAUAAUAUUGAGUUCAGUAUCUGAGACAAGUGAUAUAUACAUUUCGUAAAAAAACUGAACAGGUAUUUACAAGAUUUUGGAUUAAUACCUUUUUAUGGACAAAAAUUAUAUCGAUUUAAAAAAAGUUCAGAGAUAUUUUAGAACAUAUCUGUUUAUAGUCUUCUUAAAAUAUCUUUAAAUAUACCACAUGUUACUAAAUUUAAAGACAAAAGUAUACUACAGUAUUAAAUUUUUGACUAAGAAACUUAAAUAAUGAACAGAUUUGAGUUGUUUUUUUUAUACAAAAGAUGUUAUGGUCACUUGAUUAGUCAACAUCAUACACAUUGUACUAGUAAUAACUCCAAUCUAUUUUUAAUAUUUUUUUGACCGGUAUCAAGUGAUCUAUUGAAAAAUAAAAGAAGAAAAUUACGUUCAUUCUACAUUUACGUAAUACCAUACAGUCUAUUGAAUUCUUUUAACAAUAAGUGAAUAUCCUGUUUAUUAUUAUUAGACUACUUGUUCUUGAAGAUUUAUUUUCAAAAAUAGUAUACACAAGUAUAUUGAACAUAAAUUAGUCUAUAUAUAAAAGUUUUUAAAAAUAAAUUAUUUAUAUUUAUUUAUUUAUGUUUUUCUUUUCUCGAAAAAUUUAAACUAAUAAAUCAAAACUUGUUCUUUUUUUCGCUUAUAUAAACCUAUCAAUAUCUCGUGAUGAAAUAAAAGAGAAAAAUUAUUGUUAAUCGAAAUAAUAAUUGUGGGGUGCACACCUACCUAUACGCCUAGAAUAACAGAAUGAGUUAAAAUGAGAUAAAAGAAACACACUAUAAAAAAAAAACAGAUACGCAUAAGAUAAGGAAGCGUCCUUGUAUCUGUUUUCAUUAAAACAAGAGAAAAAAAAAACAUAUUUCAGUAUAUAUAUAUAUUAGAGUCCUGCGUGGAUUAGACAUAUCAAACCCGAAUUCGAUCCGAUGUUCUUCUUUGAGACUCAAACCCGAUCCGACAUUCGACAAUUAGUUAAAAAUUUGAGCUGUUUUAACCUAAAACGUCAAAAAAUGCUUGGGGAAUUGCUGUUUCCUGUUUGUUUUCUAAAAGAAUGCCUAAAAAAUGAUCAACUCUAGUGUUGGACAUGCCAUAAAAAAAAGAGGAAAGCGGCAUUGAAAAAAAAAUUCAAAUCCAACUGAUUUCGUAGUCAAAGUCGAACGUCGGAUCGAGUUGCAAGUCUCUAAUAUAUGUAUAUAUAUAUAUAAUUCAUUCUACCAGAAGAAAAAAUUUACGGUAAAUUAAUUAACUAAUUUGCACGCAAUUACGAUGACGAAAAUAACAGAACUCUAAAACAAAAGAAUUUUGCUCAUUUAACACGAACAAUUGAAAUUUCUCAUGGCUAUUUGCGCAGAUUUCUUUGUAAAUAAUGUUUAAAAUGACUUGUUACACGCUGUCAUAAUGGUUAUCUACAUUAGAAACACCUGUUUCUGCUGUAUCAUAUCUGUUAUUGAAUAGUUAGUAGUCGUAUAUACUUUUUCCACUGAAAGUAAUUGUGGAUAAAUUUAUAAUGAUGAAUACUCUAGAGAAGAAAGAAAAAAGAGACAAAAGCAAAAAAAAAGGAAAUUUAUCUUUUGAACAUUUUCCUGAUGUUAUUUUAAGUGUCUACUGAAUUAAUACUAAAUUACAGAAAUGAAAUGAAUCAUACAAAAAACGCCAUCAAACGAAUCAAAAAAAAAAGUUUUUUCAAUGAGAAAGAUUAUUUUCUUUUUUUUUUUUUUGCUAUCGUUCUUUUUUCUUAAACAAGAACUCUAUUCGUAAAGAAAUAUAUAUACCAAUGAUGAACGCAAUGUUCAUUUUUCCUUCUACUCGUUCAAUGUUUGCAUUAAAAAUAAAUGAGUCAUAUAACAGUCAUGUUCCAUUUCUGAUAAUAUAUAACUUUCAAUUUAAUUCCGUAUCCUAUUAAAUUAAAGUAUUUUUUUCAAUCAAUUUGACUCCAUUUGCAUAAAACAUUAGAUAGACACGCCGUGAUAAUAAAUUAUUUUUAAAAUUAUAUAUAAUAGAUUAUUAUCCUAUCAUAAAUAUUGAGACAUGACACAUCCGGACUAUGCAGAUGAAUAAUAUAAAUUAAAAUUUAGUAUAACAUUUUCCUAUCAUUCAUCGCUUGCGUAAGUACAGACAGUAAAAAAUUGCUAAAUAUUAUGUGCUGUUGUUGAAAUGAUUUUUUGUUCUUCUGUUAAAUAUACAAAUUACUAUUAGAAAAAAGGUUAUGUAUAUCUUAGGCAAUAGAAUAACGUUGUUUCUGCUCUAAUUUAGAUGCCAUUUAAAGUUCGAAUAUCAAAAUUUCGUCAUGUAUACGGUAGUCCAUAUAGAGAAGAUUGUUGCUAUAAAAAUAUACCGAUAACGAGAAAUGCACAUGAUGGUGGAUUUUGUGCUGUUAAUGGAAAAUUUUUAGCUAUUGUUACAGAAACAUCAGGCGGUGGAAGUUUUCUUGUAUUACAAUUAAGUGAAGUUGGACGAGUUGAUGUUGAUCAUUUUCGUGUGACCGGUCAUCGAGGACCUGUUGUAGAUAUCAAAUGGAAUCCUUUUAAUGAUAAUGAAAUUGCAUCGUGCUCUGAUGAUGGAACAGUGAAAGUAUGGUAUAUUCCCGAUAGUGGCCUACGAAAUGAUAUGUAUCAAUGGAAAGUCGAUUUACAUGGACAUCAGCGACGGGUCGAUUAUGUUGAAUGGCACCCAACAGCUCAAAAUCUCAUUUUAAGUGCUGGAUUAGAUCAUCAGGUUGUUUUAUGGAAUGUUGAACGAGCCGAACCCAUUCAUGUCUAUCGAUGUCAUCCAGAUUCAAUUCAAUCUAUAACAUGGAAUAGAAAUGGAACAUUAUUUGCUACAACAUGCAAAGAUAAACGAAUUCGAGUUAUUGAACCCAGAUCUGGGAGAGUUGUGGCGGAUGGUAUUGGUCAUCAAGGUCCAAAAACAUCAAAAAUAGUUUUUCUAGGUGAUGCACAACGAUUACUGUCAACCGGGUUUGGAAAAACAUUUGAAAGACAAAUUGGAAUAUGGAAUGUGAAUGAUUUAUCGAAACCAGUUCUCAUGGAAACUGUUGAUUUUAGUGCUGGUGCCCUUAUACCAUUUUAUGAUCACGACACAAGAACAGUGUACCUUGCAGGAAAAGGCGAUGGAAAUAUUCGUUAUUAUGAGGUGGGCGAAUCAGAGCCAUAUCUUCAUUUUUUAUCAGAAUACAAAUCAGCAUCCCCACAAAGAUGUUUAGGUGUAAUGCCAAAAGUCGGUCUUGAUGUAACAAAAAAUGAGAUAAUGAGAUUUUACAAAUUAUUUGCUACAGGAUCUAUUUGUGAACCAAUCUCAAUGAUAGUUCCUCGAAAAGCUGAAGCCUUUCAAAUUGAUAUUUAUCCAGAUACACCCGGACCCUAUCCAGCAUUAUCAGCUGACGAAUGGAUUAACGGAUGUGACCGAGAACCAAUACUUGUGUCAAUGAAAGAUCGAACCGAAACUAAUAUGCCAAAAAUCACUACUUAUCGUACAAUUGAACCUUCAUCUAGUCAAACUCCUCCAUCCGCACAACGCAACAAUCAUCUUCAUCAUUCAACUCGAACAGUGCCACCACCAGUCGCCGAAAUAGCACCAACAUUAAUUAACAAAACAAUCGCCCAUCCACCACAACAACACCAUAGUAAUAACGAUGAUGAUCUUGAUUUAGAAAAACGAAAUAAUAAAAUAAAUUUGGAAAAAAAUGGUCAACAACAAGAAACGUCACCAACGCUAAAACCAUCAGUACCAUCGAAUAAUAAAGGACUGAGAAAGAUAGAAUCGUUGAAAAUGCCAUCGAAUAGUACUGAAUUCAAUAAUGUCAGUGUUAAUACUCCAGGUCGACCUCAUUUAUAUAAAACUCUUCAUUCUGUGCAUUCUGUCAAUCAUACCCGUUCAGCGCCAGAUUUGUCAGACCAUUGUGAUCCUGCUGAAGAACUCAAAUCUUACGAAUCUUCUUCCUCUAUUGAAAAUCUCUGUGAGCAAUACACAAAAAGCAACAGAGAACCGUUAAACAAACGUCCGAAUAAACCACAACAAACGGUUGAACGAGAUCAACAUGCAUCGGCUCAACCAUCAUCAAUUUUAAAACGAUCAGUGACACAGACUCAUAUGAGAGAAGGACAACUACGACCACUACUGAACAUCAACAUGGACGACACUCCAAGAUUCCCGCUAAGUUACGUUAAAGAACCUCUAAUUACAUCGACAAUAUUUUCCCCAUCAGCUGCUGCCUAUUUCAAAGAUGAACACUAUGAUAAUGUUGAUGUAUCAUUACCUAAGCAAGAGACAUCAAUUAAUAAUGAAAAUUUUAAAUCGGUUUUUCCAUCGAUCGAAAAUGAGAAACAAGUUGUUACAUCUAUUCCUGCACCGAAAAGAAAGCUUCGUUCAAUUAAACUAGCAGCACAACGUUCAUUUACCGAACCAUUUGACUUUGGUCAAAAAGUGAAUGAAAUACCUUUUCCGAUCCCCACUACUCCAGUAACACAAACUGAUGUAACUGAUGGUGACCGUUCACAGUGUGUAAAGGCAUCUAGAUCAAUGCGCAAUACAGAUGGUGGCAUUUCAACGAAUGAUUCUAAAUUAAAUCGUUCAUUUUCAUUUCAUCAUCACAAAUCAGAACUACCGGCAGUAGAUCUGAAUAUUAAAAAUAGAGAGAAAUUUCUUAAUUUCAACGACGCAAAAACCAGUCAACAACAACAAGAAAAUCGACGAAAUAUCGAGAUAAAAAAGAAGGUAUGGAGCGUUGAUUCAACAACAACAAAUAACAAUGGUAGUGACCAUUCAAACGGAUACACAAACAAUGGAAUAGAUUAUCGACAAGCAUUUAUGAAACAGCAAGAGGAAUUAAAAUCAGUUCGUGAAUUAUUAACACUAAAAGACAAUCGUAUUCGUUUACUUGAAGAUGAAUUAAGCAUGUUUAAAACAGAAACUGAAGGGAAUUAUAGAUAA